AUGGAAUUCGCGCCUGCUGAUAAGCGUCGUGUCUAUCUGGCCUGCCGCGCCAUCUUCACGGGUGACAAAGCGCAGCUGCGACAGCAGAAGAAAGUGCGUGAGGAACUCGAGAAAACACCUCGACUCUUGCGACCACUGAGGGACCUCGGAACAGACAGAGUGGUCGAUAUACUCCGGCAUCUACUGAAACGGCGAAUUUUCGAGUCAGAGCUCAAAAUAAAAGUCGAGUUUCCAGAGUUAUUCAACUCAUCGGCCGAGCAGGAAGCGCAUCGCGAGGCAUCGGAAAUUGAUGCCGCACGCUCAACGGCCAAGGCCCUCCAAGACAUUGCCAGUGAGGAUGAGGGGCAUACAGACACGGGUGACGAAGCAGUGAAUGGGCAUCAGCUUGACGGCAAUGGCGAGACUACACUUGGGACAGCGGCCGUCCACGUCGUCAACCUGCUUCCAACCGAAUCCAAUGCCAACAACGAGUCUCCGCACACACGAUUCUGCAAGUAUCUCAAGCUGGGAGAUGAGGCUCGAAAGGACUACUUAUUGCAUCUCGUAGCCUUUGGGAGUAUUGCCUGGGUUCAUAAACACCAUGUCCACCCGUCGACAUUUCUGGUUCUCCGCUCGACGAUUGGGAGCCGUCGUCAGAUUCGUACAGACCCAUUGGAACCUCCUCUGCUGUCGAUUGGAAAGUAUCGGGUGGCAGUACCGAGUUUUAACGGCUCGUGCAAGCAGCGACGAGCAUCAAUUCCCAGUCAAGAAACAAUAGAUCGCCACAUUUUACGACAACCGCCGCGCAAGAAGCAAAAGUACCGUCACCCACAUCAACCACCGCCGGCCUUCUGGGACAACCUUUCCGAGGUCCCCCUGACUGGGCGCGCGUUAGAAGAACUAAAUCGAAGGAACACUACGAGUUUGUCACAAACGCCAGCUAGCUGCCCAGCUCCUCGACGCUUGGCUGCCAAGUUGACGCCGCAGCCUGCGGUCGAGUAUCUCGGUCAGUCUACGCCAUCGCAACUGAAGCAGAUCAAGCGCUUUUCGCGAGAGGGCGGGCCCGAUCUGUCGAACCUAAGAGGGUUUAGCGAGGCUAGCGUCUCAUCCGAACGUCAAGUAAUGAGCUCCAGCCAGUCCAGCCUCGGUCAGCGCCAACGAGCCUCGGCGUCGCCCUCAAAUAACAGUACCAGUACCAGCACGCACAACACGACGACUACUAAGAGUACCAGCCCGUACGAUCCUGCUUUCCAACAGCAUCUAAUUGAUUAUGGCAUCUAUCCUGACGGUUACGAGUACCCAGGCGACCGAGGCGCCCCACCACAGCCUACCAACAUGGAUGAAAUCUUACAAGCUCUUGCUCGCCCAAGGCCCUCUUUAUCGCCAUUUCGAUUCUCAGACGAGGAAUUCAGGAGGUUCAAACGGGCGGACGCGCAUGCUGCUAAUGAGUGGCAGAUUACUUCGACAGUGAUUCCCAUUCUAGAGGGCGACGUCCGCGACACCAAGUGGGUCUUCGGACAGGUACCAUUCACGAACCUCGACCAUCUGACCGACGGCUCUCUCGUCCCGGCAAAUCCAGAUCGCUACUACGGCGCCCGCCCCGAGCAGCUAGACCGACAGGUGCGCGCCGAACUUCACGGCUCGAUAACCCCAUCGACCCAGCAUGACCUCCCCAUCGUCCCCAACUUCUUCCUGGGCGCUAAAGGACCGGAGGGUUCACCUGCCGUGGCCAAGCGUCAAGCAAGUUAUGACGGUGCUUUGGGGGCGAGAGCUAUGCUCAGUCUCCAGUCUUAUAAGGCAAGCGUGCCUAUAUAUGACAACUCGGCCUUUACUAUCACAUCAACGUAUCUUGAUGGAGCGCUCAAGAUGUACACCAGUCAUCCUGUCGAGCCAACGACUGGCGCGGCGCCUGAUUACGUCACGACGCAGAUAAAUUCGUGGAGUUUGACUGGAAACCCAUCUUCGUUUCGUACCGGUGCUUCGGCGUAUCGGAAUGCAAGGGACUGGGCUAAAUUGCAACGCGACGAGGCCAUCAAGCGGGCUAAUGCGAGAGUAACUAGGGCUGGGGUCGCGGAAAUAUCCUGA